GGGCUCGCAGUCUCCGGGAUGAUGCUGCUGCCGUUGCCGCCGCGGAGGUGAUGGAGCUGGGGCACACACGCGGACAAGUGUCGCACAGAGUUUGAGACAAAGAGCCGGAGCUUCGAGUCGCUUCCCCCGCCCGGUGCCGCCCGCUGGACGGGCUCUUUCUGGACCGCAGGCCGGAGGAGGGUAAAGAAAGUGUCGGUGACCAUGAAGCUGCUGAAGCCGAGCUGGGUGAGCCACAACGGCAAACCCAUAUUUUCAGUGGACAUUCAUCCUGAUGGCACAAAGUUUGCAACUGGUGGACAAGGGGAAGAUUCUGGAAAGGUGAUGAUCUGGAACAUGGCGCCGGUCCUCAGAGAGGAGGACGAGAAGAACGAGAGUAUUCCCAAGAUGCUUUGCCAGAUGGACAAUCACCUAGCAUGUGUGAACUGUGUGCGCUGGUCCAACAAUGGACUGUACCUGGCAUCAGGAGGAGACGACAAGCUGGUCAUGGUGUGGAGGAGAGCUGCAUUCAUCGGUCCGAGCACAGUGUUCGGGUCGAGCAGUAAACUGGCCAACGUGGAGCAGUGGAGGUGUGUCACCAUCCUGAGGAAUCACACCGGAGAUGUGAUGGACGUGGCCUGGUCUCCUCACGACGUGUGGUUGGCCUCCUGCAGCGUCGACAACACCAUCGUCAUCUGGAACGCUCGUAAAUUCCCAGAGAUGGUCACAUGUCUGCGGGGACACACUGGGCUGGUGAAAGGCCUGACCUGGGACCCGGUGGGGAAGUACAUCGCCUCCCAGGCCGACGACCACAGCCUCAAGGUGUGGAGGACGAUGGACUGGCAGAUGGAGGCCAACAUCACCAAGCCCUUCAACGAGUGCGGCGGGACGACCCACGUCCUGCGUCUGUCCUGGUCCCCUGACGGUCAGUAUCUGGUGUCGGCUCACGCCAUGAACAACUCCGGCCCCACGGCCCAGAUCGUGGAGAGGGACGGCUGGAAGACCAACAUGGACUUCGUGGGUCACCGCAAAGCUGUGACCGUGGUGAAAUUCAACCCAAAGAUCUUUAAGAAGAAACAGAAGAACGGCAGCUCCCCAAAGCCCAGCUGUCCGUACUGCUGCUGCGCCGUCGGCAGCAAGGACCGCUCGCUCUCCGUCUGGCUGACCUCACUGAAGCGCCCCCUGGUGGUCAUUCACGACCUCUUUGAUAAAUCGAUUAUGGACAUCUCCUGGACUCUGACGGGUCUGGGGAUGUUGGUGUGUUCCAUGGAUGGCACUGUGGCCUACCUGGACUUCUCACUGGAUGAACUGGGAGACCCGCUGAGCGAGGAGGAGAAGAACAGCAUUCACUCCAACAUCUACGGGAAGAGUCUGGCUAUCACCAGCACCGAGGCUCAGCUCUCCACCACCAUCAUCGAGAACCCGGAGAUGCUCAAGUACCAGCAGGAGCGACAGAACUCGGCCCAGGCCACCGCGGGGCCGGGCAGCGCCGGGCCCGAGUCCUCCGCCCCCAAACUCAACAGCGUGAUGAACGGGGAGUCUCUGGAGGACAUCAGGAAGAACCUUCUGAAGAAACAAGUGGAGACGAGGACCGCGGACGGCCGGAGACGGAUCACUCCGCUGUGCAUCGCUCAGCUGGACACAGGGGACUUCUCACCGGCUCUGUUCAACAGCGUCCCCAUCCUGCCCUCGGGCUGCUCCAUGUCCAAUCAUCUCAUCCCUCAGAUCAGCUCGGACUCCUGCCCGGGUCCGGCCUCCUCUCUGGGGCUGAGGCCCGGCAGUGACCUCCUGCUCAGCUCGGCUGCAGCCGGCGGCCUCAAGGGCCUGGAGGACAAAGACGGUGUGAAAUCCACUCUGCUGCUCACGUCCGCCUCCAAGAUCGAGCCGAUGAAAGCUUUGGACUCCAGGUUCACCGAGAGGUCAAAGGCCACGCCGGGCAUCACGGCCGUCAUCACCUCCAUCUCUGGACUCGUGCCUCUAGAAAGGUCUCAGUUCAAGCCCAAAGACGGUGUCUCUGUCCUGAAAGACCCUAAAGCCAAAGACGACUCCAGCAGCGACAGCGAGGACAAGAUGGCCACCAUCAACAAAAACCUGUCCUUCAGCAAGAGGAAGCCGGAUCUGCUGAUGGACGGAGCGGAGGUGGUGGAGAAGAGGAGGAAGGGACGGCCCAGGAAAGACAAGAUCUCCGCUCCCAUGGCCCAGCCCUUCACUCAGGUGACUCCUCCAGCCGAGCGGGAGCCGAGCAGAGUGACGGCUGCUCCAGCUCCGGUCGCUGUUCUCCGGCUGCCGACGCCCAAAACUCAGAAGUCCUUCAGUCUGCAGGUGAGCAUGGAGCCGUCGGUGUUCCUGGAGGUGGAGAACGAGGUGUCGCUGGUUGCCGGUUCGAAGCUCAGCCAGCUGCGAUGCUCCAGAGACGGACGCGACUGGAACACGCUGCUGCCCAGCUCAGUGGUCACGGCAGCAGGAAGCAGUGACGUCCUCGCGGUCGCCUGUGAGGACAGGAUGUUGUCUGUGUUCUCGUCCUGUGGCCGGCGGCUGCUUCCUGCCAUCCAGCUGGGGACCACCGUGUCCGCUCUCCACUGCGCCGCCCACUUCGUCAUGGCUCUGACGGCCGGAGCGGCGCUCUCCGUCUGGGACGUUCAGAGACAGAAAGCGCUCGUGAAGAACGAGUCUCUGAGGAACAUUCUAUCUGGCGUGGACAUCACGGUGUCUCAGUCUCUGCUGACUCAGCAGGGGGUCCCCGUCAUCGGACUCUCCAACGGGAAGUCCUUCUGCUUCAGCUCCUCGCUGGAGACCUGGACUCUGAUAGCAGACAAAGGAGACUCGCUGGUUCAGUGUGCAGACUUCAGGAGCUGCCUGCCUUCCCAUGAUGCACCUGUGUCCUCGGGGCCGCUGGCUGUCAUGCAGGGACGCAACCUCAAUGCUGGUCGCCUGGCGUCCCGUCUGUCCUCCACCCCCCACCACCUGCAGCAGAGCAUGACGCUGGCCUUCCUCGAGAACCAGCUGGCGGCGGCUCUGACCCUCCAGUCGGCGCAGGAGUAUCGUUACUGGCUGCUGAUCUACGCCCGGUUCCUCGUCAACGAAGGCUCCGAGUUUCGUCUCAGAGAACUCUGCAAGGAGCUGCUGGGUCCCGUCCACAAAUCUGCUGCCACCUCCUGGGAGCCCACGACUCUGGGUCUUCGGAAGCGGGAGCUGCUGCAGGAGGUUCUACCCGUCAUCGGAGAGAACCUGCGUUUCCAGAGACUGUUCACGGAGUACCAGGACCAGCUGGAGCUGCUGCGCAACAAAUAACACACAGGCCGACGCACACUGGGACUCGUCGUGGAACUGGUUUGGUUGGGCUCGGCUCGGCUCGGGUAAACUCUGACUGUUUCAUCUUGGGAAGCUUGAGACGCUGUUGAGGCCCGAGCGGCUUCAGGGCACCGGGACGUUUCUGUGCCGUCGCUCACCGGGGACUAACGGGUGCUUCUUCUUUUUUUUUAUCACAUUUUUUCACUAACGCCUUUUGUCUGUUUUCUGAGCUAUGCACCCCCCCCCCCCCC